AUGAAUCCAAGCAAUACGAGCUGGAACAGUACAAGAAGUAAAUCAAGUAGUAAGAGUAGCGAAAACUCUAGAACUACUGAUAAAAAAUCGAUUAAAUCUUUACAUUUAUCUCAAACGACUUCUCACGAUUUUACUUCAGACCAUGAAGUAUUUGGUGAUCAAAAAUGGUUAGAUGAUUUAGUUCAACAACGUUAUGUAAAAUUUAUUCCAUUCGAAGAAUUCGAAGAUCCAAAAACUGUGGAAAGAGCAAAUAAUGGUGAUAUUGGAAUUUAUAAGAGUUUGAAAUGGAGAAAGAUGAAAAAGCGAGUAGUUAUUAAAGAAUUAAAAAAUAUCGGAAAUUUAACUGAAAAUUUGAGAGAAUCCUUUGUUAGAGAGUUACAAUGGCAUCUAAACGUUGAUUUUACAGAACGAAUAAUUCGAAUUUCUGGUUUAACUCAAGAAACACCUCAAUCAACAUAUAUCCUAGUAUUACAACAUGCAGACGGUGGUUCACUGCAAGAAUACUUGUCAAGAAACUUUAAAAAACUAACAUGGAACGACAAACUAACGAUGGCCAAAGAAAUCACUGAAGGGUUAAGAUAUUUACAUAUGAAUAAUAUAGUUCAUGGAAAUUUGAACUCGCGUAACAUAAUGUUCCUUGAACAAAAAUUGAAAUUAACCGAUUUUGGGAUAACUAAUAUGAUGGUUUCUAACCCUUUAAAUAAUUUUCGAAAAAUAUCUUAUAUUGAUCCUCAAAUUUUAAUGAUUUAUUUAUCAACUUUUAAUUCAUCAAAAUCUUCUUCAAUUCAAGUUCCUGAUUUUUCUCAACUUCAUAAUUAUUAUAAUAUACAAACUCAAAAAUCUGAUAUAUAUAGUUUAGGUGUUAUCUUUUGGGAAUUAUCAAAAGGUUAUACCCCAUUUUCUGAUAUAGAACAUAAAAAUACUCCAACACAUGAAUUAGCUAAUGCGAUCAUAAAAGGAUUAAGAGAACGUCCUGUUAAAGAUGUUCCUAAUGGUUAUUUAAAAUUAUAUACUUUAUGUUGGGAUACGGAACCUGAUAAAAGACCAGGAAGUGAGAAUGUGGUAAUGAUGUGUAGAGAAUUGAUGAAUAAUAGGGAUUCUAAAGUUAUACUCGAAAAAAAUGCGGAAAGAAAUGGUGUAAGGAGUAGAGGUAUUGAAGAGGGAAGCGGAAUGACGGAUCAAAAUCAAAAACGAAUUACUCGGAUAUCUGAUUUCGAUGGUUGGUCAGAUUUACAACGAGACGCAUUAGCAGCAGAGUUAUGGCUAGAACUCGAAGAAAAACGACGAAUGGGUUUAAUUGAAGAAGGAGAUGAAUAUUAUGGACAAGAAUAUGACUAUGUUUCGGUUGAACAAUCUGGGCAACAGAUCGAAGAGGAAGAAUUACCGAAAAAAGAGCAAGAUAUAUCAACAGUACAUCAAAAGAAUCGACUAAGCCAGAAUCUAGAAGCGCAACGGAUGAAAGGUCGAAAAUGGAAAAGCAAAGCUAAAAACCUUGUAAAGAGACUUUCGGGACGAAAAUCUCAAGUUCAAGACUAUAAUAAUUUAAAUAUAUAUGAAGAUGAAUUAGACGAAGAAGAUAGUGCAGCUGGAUGGACUUCUAUAAAUAUAGACGAUAGUGGUAAAAUAGACUCACAAAAUACACAAAGUUCACAAACCUCUCCAAUAAGUUACGGAAGGAAAUCUAAUAACAGUUUAAUAGGUCGCGGUCCGUUCCCUUUACAUAACCUAAAUAACAAUUUAGUGAUUGAAGAAUCAGGACCAUCUGAUACAAAACGACCAGGACCACCACGUCAUGGAGUUCUGAUGGCUUCAAAAAGUCCAAAACCAUAUAUAUAUGGUGAUCAAUGUAAAAUGAUAUUUUUAAAAAAUAAAUGGAAAUUACAUUCACAACCAUGUUAUGCCGCUUAUCAUGCAAGAAUUGGAGAUUUAACAGGUAUAAGAUGGCAUGUUGAAUACUAUGGCGAUUGGGUAUUAAAUAGUAUACAGGAAGUUAGUGGGCCAAGAAAUAGUUAUAGAAGACCGUUAGAAGCAUUACCAAUAGAAGCUACAAUGUAUUGUUCAGCUAAAAAAUUAUUACCUACAUUAACAUUUUUAAAGAAUAUGGGAUCAGAUUUAAAUUGUAUAGAUUCUUAUUCAUUAGGAAAUUGUAUAAAUGCUAUGUCAUAUAAUACAUCACUUUUAUCAACAUCUUAUAAAUCAAAUUCUUAUUCACCUUAUCAUCCUACAACUUUUAAUUAUUAUAAAACUCAAGGAUUUUACUUUAAAAAAGUUUUAUUAUAUUUAUUAGAUCAAGGUUUAAAUAUAAAUUCUCAAACUUGUACUGGUGAUACUUUAUUAUCUUCUAUAUUAUUUAAAUGGCAUCCAAGUUUAUUACCUUCAAUAAUUGAAUUUUUAAUAGAACAAGGUGCUAGUCCUAAUUUAGAAAAUUUAAGAGGUGGAACUCCAUUAGGUUAUACAUUAUUAGCAACAAGAUUUGAAAAUGGUGGUGGUCCAUUUAAAAAAGUUUUAAAAAUUUUAAAUAUUUUAUUAAAAGGUGGUGGUGAUUGUAAUCAAGAAGUUGUAAUACCUGGUAGAAGGUUAAGAAAUUUAGGUUGGGUUUGUGUUGAUGUAGCUGUUAAUUUAACAAAUUAUCAACAAAAAACUUUAAUUGAACUUUUAAUUGAAUGGGGUUGUGAAUUUGGAACUUGGGAAAGCGAAUAUAAAAAGAAAAGAAAGAAAAAUAGAAUGGCAAGUGAAGAAAGUGGUAUAUUUGGAAAAUUAUACGCUGAUGAAAUAUUAAAAAUUGAAAAUCAAGUUAAAGGGAAACUUCCAAAAAAUGAAAGUGAUGAUGAUUUAUUUACCGAAAGUGAUAAUGAAGCUGGUGAUAAUAAUCCGGAUGAAACAGGUGGUGCAGGUGUUGGUGGAAAUUUUGGAACAGUUAGUAGUAGUGGUAUUUUAAAUGCUGAUUAUAGUGAAGAAAUUGAUGCAAUUUAUGAAGAAAUUGAUGAUGAUGGUAAUGAGUCACCCGUGUUACCAACUGGUCAAGAUGGUGGAAGUUUAUUAACAAAACGUUUAAAGGGUAAAAAUUUAAAAUUUGAAAACCCUAUAAAGAUACCUCCAUUAUUCUCUAGUCCACCUACUUCUCCUUUACCGCCAACCUCUUCACUUCCUCCAAUACCUUUACAAAAAAAUUUUACGGGACAACGUGGAAUAUUAACUGCUCGAGAUAUUCCCGUAUCAUUAUUAAGGCCAUUAGCAAUUUUGAAUUCUCAAAUUAACACAAGAGGGUCACUUCCUCGUUCAACACAUAGAUUAUCAUUAUUUUUCAAUCCAUCACCUAAAACACCUACAUUCAAACCAAAUAAUCCACCAAACAUUUUAGUAUAUGCUGUUCAACUAAAUCAACUUAAUAUGGUAAAAAUUCUUUUAAAACGAAUUUAUGAACUUAGUGAACCAAAAGGUAUAAUAGCUGCAUUAAAAGAAUGCGGUGUUACUUUUGAUAAAAAAGAAAGUUUCGAUGGAGUAAAAGAUGGUGAAGAAGAAUUCGUUAUAAUUUCAAAAGAAAAAUAUGGGUUCUUUGAACUAUUUAAAUCUCAUGAUAGUAAUUAUGAGAUGAAAAAAUAUUUAAUGACUUGGUAUGGAAAACAAGGUGCUUUAAAAAGGCAAAAAACAAUGGUUAGAAUUGAAAAAAUGAAACAAAAAUGGUUAAAUAAAGCUAAGAAUGGUUAUUUUUCUAGUAGAGGAAUUGAUGCUGAAUUUACCAUGGUUGGUUCUGAUGAUUAUUCUGGAAAUGAAGAUUUAGGAAGUAGUUUCGAAAGUCUGGAAAAAUUAAGUGACUUAGAAAUAAUUGACAAUGAAGAAAAAGAAAUAAUUGACAAUGAAGAAAAAGAAAUAAUUGACAAUGAAGAAAAAGAAAUAAUUGACAAUGAAGAAAAUGAAAUAAUUGACAAUGAAGAAAAUGAGAUAAUUGUCAAUGAAGAAAAUGAAAUAAUUGACAAUGAAGAAAAAGAAAUAAUUGUCAAUGAAGAAAAUGAAAUAAUUGUCAAUGAAGAAAAAGAAACGAAUCUUAAUUGA